GUGCGCAUCUGUCUCUGCGAAGGAAUAUGUGGAUAUGAGGCUGGAAAACAAGGAAGGUCUUUAGAGAAAGGCUGGCCUUUUGUGAAUAUUAUUGAUCAAUACUAUAUAGCCUUUAGCGUUCAAUAUCGUUCGAAAUGUUUGCAGAAGAUGAUUUUGAAGAGCCAUAUAACUCGGUCAACUUUGUGGAGAGAGUUGCAGCAAAAGUUCAUGGAGGUGGCUCAAAAGGCGGAUCAGAUGCGUUUGACCCAGUGAAGCUUAAAGAAAGUUUUGAAGACACAAUACGGUCACUGCAGGGUUUAAUGAAAGAAACAGAAGCUAAAAUGUCAUUUUUAGAAAAGGAAUGCACCGAAGAAGAAACCAAACACAAGAAAAACUCAAAAUCUGUUGAGAAUCAGUUCAAGGACUCAAUGCAGAGAUUUUAUGAACUGGAUGACAGAAUUAAUUAUGUAGCUACUAAAGUUGUACACCUUGGAGACCAGCUAGAGAAUAUCAGCACUCCAAGACAGAGAAUAAAGGAAGCCCAGCAAGUGAUGAAGUAUUUUGAAGAAUUUCAUUCAGUGGAAACAAUAUCACCUAUCUUUAAUGACCCAAGUCAGAUUCACGAGGCUGCUGCAAUCAUCUGCCAGCUAUUCAUGGUCGCACAGGAGCUGCAAACAGAAAAGUUCUCGGAGGUGAAGUAUCAUAUUGCAGAGAAGUACUAUGCCAUUGAAGGAGAUUUGCUGAACAAAUUUAAGAACGCAUACAAAGAUGGUGACAUCGAGACUAUGGCCAAAUGUGCCAACACACUGCUGCCGUUUAAGAGAUAUCAACAAUGCUAUGAAGAAUUGAUUGAUUUGACGCUAGCGAACAACUUUUUGAAAGAUGAUGUGUUCGAGAACAUCAUACCUGCUUGCAAGACUCUUCAAGACAUUAUCAUCAAAGUUUUUGAGAACAACGCUGAGAUGAUCAUGAGCCAGUUUAUCCAAACAGUCUUUGAUAAAAAAGUACAGGGCUACGUUUACAAGCAACUGAGCAAAAAGGAGGAAGAUAUCGAGUUAUACUUGCAGACAUUUGCAAAUUUGUACAAAAGGGCAAAAGACGUAACAAAAAAGCUGUCUGAGUUCAGACUUGGAUCUGAUUCAACAUUCUUAGAUCGUUUGAAGAAAAAUGCCUUUUCAAAGUACAUGUCGACAUACAUAAGCGACGAAGUUAAGUUUCUAGAUGCACGCUCCAGAGCUAUAUUGGAUAAAUUCUAUGGAUCGAUUGGACACCAGAAAAAGGAAAAAACGGAAACGAAGAGAAUAAUUCCGGAAGGGAUAAUGGCAGAUAUGCCUGCAUCGCUGCAAGAAUUACAGCGAAAAAUACCGGGGCGCUCACAGCAUGGACUGUUGAAAGAAAGUCUCCUGUCUCAGGAUGUGGCCAUAAACUUGCUGCAAGAAAACAAAAUUUCAAUUCGCAGAUGUGAAUUGAUUUCUAAUCCAUCUGAAUUACCCAACAACAUAAGCAAAAUUUUCAAGAUUCUUCUGAAAUAUCUCGGCGAGGAUCACUUUGAGUAUGCUAUUGACAUGACAUUGCAAGUUCUACCUGUUUCGGAACCAAAAUCGCCACCUGACCUGCUGUUUCUGAAAGUGUUGCAUGAGGCCAACACCAUAUUUCAUCUAAUGGAGAAGCAUUUCACAGAUUUUGUUCUGAGACCUAUUGGAUCUUCCCCAGUAUACAGUGAGUGUGCCCAAAAGAAAAAGCUUUUAAUCGAAAAAUUGGAGAGUAAAUUGGAUCAAGGGACUGAAAAAAUUUUGCUUUGCAUCGCUGGCUACACAAAACACGUAUUGAACAGCGAGCAGAAGAAAACGGACUUCAAGAGUGACGAAUCCGAUGGUAAUUUCAUGGCGGGUCAGACAACGGCUUGCAAGAAAGUGUGCAGCUACCUCAAAGGUACCGUUCCUGGCAUUAAAGAUUCCCUUGACGGCAAGAACCGCGAAGUUGUUCUUACUGAGUUUGGGGUCAGAUUCCACAGGGUGUUGCUUGAUCACUUUAGCCAGUUUGUUUACACGAGUAGUGGUGCAAUGACAGCCCUUUUUGACAUCAACGAAUAUCGACAUGUUGUAAAAGACUUCAAAAUCCAACUUCUUGAUCGCUUAUUUGCCACUAUGUAUUCACUCAUGGAUCUCUGCAUUGUUCGUCCUGAAAACCUCAAAGAUGUUUGCACAAAUGAACAGUUUGCUGGUCUUGACAAAGCUAUUCUACAACAAUUCAUACAACUGCGUGCCGACUACAAAAGUGCAAAAUUAGCCAAAAGUUUCAUAUAAUUUUCAGAACAAUUCAUUUGUAAAUAAAAUUAUUAUGAAUUAAAAUAGUAUGCCAGUGUUUUUCAUACAA